AUGUCCGACCUGGCCAAACACUUUGCAAAAACAAAGCUCUCCGCGCUCCCCGCGCCCGAUGAGCUCCCUGAAUACGAGGACGAGGACUCCUCCUCAGCGUCCUCCAUGUCCAGCACCGGCACCGUGAUCCCAUCCAACACACAACGCCCUGCGCCUGCAAUACACUGGUCCGACUACUUCGCGCAGGAAUUCUACCUUGAAUGGAGCAGCCCAGAUGGGGGGAAGGCAAAGUUCCACGUCUACUUCACUCCGCCCACGACCCCAAAAGUACCACUACUAGUCCUCCAUCAUGGCGCAGGGUCCUCGGCUAUGAGUUUCGCGCUCAUGGCACAAGAAGUAAAGAGAUCAAUGCCAGAGGUUGGCAUCCUGGCCGUUGAAGCAAGGGAGCAUGGAAGUGUAGUCUGGGACGCUUCCGGUACAAUAAACACCACUCUUAGUAUCGACGUCUUGAGCCAAGACCUCGCGUCCAUGCUCCAACUUACGCAGGCAAAAGUGGGAUGGCCCCAACUUCCCAUGAUCGUGUUGAUUGGACAUAGUCUCGGCGGCGCGGUGGUCACAGAAGUCGCAAGCAAGGGAUUACUUGGAAAUUCGCUGCUGGGAUACGCCGUACUGGAUGUCGUCGAGGGAAGCGCAAUGGAGGCCUUGACGCACAUGCAGGCCUAUCUCCUCAGCAGGCCAAAGUCAUUUGCGAGCUUAGAUGCAGCAGUCGACUGGCACAUUCGGUCGCGCACGCUGAGGAAUUCCGAGUCUGCACGUGCAAGCGUGCCGAGCCUAUUACUGCAAACCCCCGACGGACGGUGGGUGUGGAGGACUGAUCUCUCGAGCACAGCAUCCUACUGGGAGAACUGGUUCACAGGGAUGAGCAGGAAGUUUCUCGACGGCAAGGGAGCAAAGCUACUGCUGCUCGCGGGGACAGAUCGUCUGGACAAGGAAUUGAUGAUUGGGCAGAUGCAGGGCAAAUUCCAACUCCAGGUUUUCCCUGCUUCGGGCCAUUUUCUUCAUGAAGAUCAGCCUGAGAAGACGGCUGAUGUUGUCGUCGAGUUUGUGAGGCGCAACGAUCGCAGUAUGUUGGUGUUGCCGCCAAAGGUUUCGGAUCUAUUGAGGCAGGGCAAGAAGGUUUGA